UAAAGUGUACCUAUUAUGCCCCUAAAUGGGCACCUUACUGUAUAAAUAGGUCUCCCAUAGUAAAUAUUUUUGAUUAAAACAAUUAAUUAAUGCAAUAUUAUUUUUAUAAACUGCCUACAUACCUCACCAAUUUUGCCCUCUUUCUGAAACGGUCGGAUUCAGUUCCUGUCUCCGCCUCCAAAAAUGUCUAGUGUACUCUGAUUGGUCAGAUGGCCUACUCAACUGUUAUUGGUCAACUGGGUUCGGCGUAUGUUCGAAAGGAUACGCCCCUGACUUCGCGUAGGUUUCCCGGUCCUAAAGAGAGCACGAACGUACGUGAACAGCUACAUGCAGAUUGCAGAAACAAUGGCGAUUGUACUGCCUUACCAGUUCGAGCCCGAGUCCGAUCCAGAGAGUUCAGACGAGCAGACGGCCGUUACAGCAACACCUCCGCAAGCAAGACUUUUGCAGAACGUUUCUCAAUGGUGUUUGUGUGGCAACUGUGCCAGAAUGCCAAACGAGGCUGAAAACUUGUGUUGCAAAGAGAUUCCAAAGGUUGUAAGGAGAAUGCAACAGGUUCCAGAACCUCCUACCUGCAUGAUUCAUCAUCCAGGUUUUGAACCAAACUGUCUUAAUCCCUACACACUGCAGAACAUCCACAACAUUUAUAGUACCGACUAUGGGCCUUUGAGGCGCAGAACACUAGAGGAAGGUUACAGAUACACAGCGUAUCGAAGCUUUGUCAGCUGGUGUUGGGGCUAUCUAGGACGACACAAUAGAGUUGUCAUCCCAUCGUGUGUUGUUCUUAGGAUCCGCUUGGAGUUUCCCGAUCAGGAUGGUCGGUAUGUCGGCUUCCGACCACCCCUAAACUGAAGCGCGUGAGAUGGCGUGCAAUCACGUCCUCCUUAGAAGGCCUCUCGAAUUGUGAUGCCAGGUCCAAUGGAAUCGGGAUUUCCUUCAGCUUUUCAACAAAUGGAGCUGGGUCCUCAAGCACCUCGUCAAACACAAGCCUGAUCAGGUCAUCCACAUAAACUGUAAAGAUAUGACAGUAAAUCUUUUGUUUUGAUCAUUUAUUUUACAGCUUCAUACAGUUUGUACAUUUAUUUAAUUAAUAUAUUUGAAAUAAAAAUGUUACUGCUUA